GCAAGGAGCCUGUGUAGACCCGCGUCGUUCACUAAAUAACCAUCAUGUCCAUCACAACAAUAAUAAUUGUAUGGAGUGUACUGGUGAUUCACACAAGAGCUGAUAGACCGUUUUUGACUAUUGACCCUUCAAGGAUUGAGGAACAUUCGACAGUGACAUUGAUCUGCACGACUACAGAAAAAUAUAUCUGGUAUAUCAACUGGAAGAGGAACGCCAAGGAUAUCUUUGGCAUGGGCCCAGAUACAGGUUUGGCCAAAACAAAUGAUGACUUUGAGAACUUGAAGGAUCGAAUCGUGUACAGCAUAAACCCGGGGAAACAGUACAACGUGACCUUGGCUUCUGUGACGGAAGCGGAUCAUGGGUCAUCGUGGACGUGUCGGGUCAGAGGGGAAGACAGCAACUCGAUAAUCUUUGUGGUUGGAGAUCUGCCUUUGGUUUCAACAACGGUUCCUUCAACGACCAUGACAACUUCAACUGGUCCGACAACUACUGUGACUACUACGUCGAUCGCGUCAACCUCGACCACAUCAUCCACAACAUUCACAACAUCGAUGACUACAAAACCAUCACCGACAACAAAGACAAUCAUGGCUACAUCGACGACCAUGUCGUCAGAAUCGUCAGUGGAAAGUUCAACGUCAACGUUCACGUCAACUCAGUCAACAGUACAGACAGAGUUACCUCCCUCUGACAAUAAAACAAAGGCACCAACGACGACCAUGCCAAUUAAAAGAGGAGACAAAUCUGUAUCGAAUAUUUUGCUGUCCCGAAUCACAGUGUUGCCUCCUCACUUCGACUUCCCAUAA